AAGAGCAGCUGUUUCCAGGCUGGAUGGAGCGGUGGUGGCGGCGGCCACGACGGACUUCGGUCUGGUUCAGUCUCGUUGCGACCGUCGUGUUGCGAGGUCGUGUCGUGAACCGGUUCGUUCCCUCGGUGAGACCCAUACUCGUCGCCACGUGCAUCUCCUCUGUUCGUUCUGCCGUUGUCGUCUGUCCCGUGGCCGAAUUUUGCCGCCAGUUCCGGUUACGAUCGGCGAGAGGACGCGACGACGCCUCGAUUAAAUUUCACCGUCCGGGAACAGUGUUCGAUGAAAGUUCGCGAUUAUUGGUUGGAUCUCCUCUAGGUUCUUCGACGCUACGAAAGCAUUCGCUUCCUUGGAGCAUUCGACCUACAGAUCGACCUACACUCUACAUGAACGUGUCGCAUCGCAGGUUAACACGUAAAUACGCGCGUGUAACAUCCGUUUGAUCUGCAACCCACUCGACCAUAUAUAGCAUACAUCCCGCACGGCCGCCCACCCACAGCAAUUUCCAAUAUACGUGAAUGAAUUACGUCGGCGAGAAGAAAAUGGACGAGGUGGACGCGAGCUGCAGAACG